CAUUGGAACUGUUGUAACACGAGUAAUCGGUACUCCUUCAAAAUUAUUCGAUUAGUAAAAGUAUCGCAAUUCGCAACAAGCGCGCCCAUUUUGUUAGCGUCCGGAAUUGGUUUUGCACAGUUUCAAACGAGCGUCGAUUUAAGCAAGAUUGAAGAUUGAAACACGUGCAACGGACGCUAGCGUGUAGUCUUAAUUUGUAUAUCCUUAGUUUGUUUUUUUUUUUUUUGGUUUUUUUUUUUGUUGUUUUGACUUUAAGUAUGGAGUUACGUAUGUGGAAAGCGCUACUCUUGCAGUGGGUUCAGAAAUGCAAUUUCCUUACAAAUGUUAUAUGUCUUGAAGAUUCUGAAAUCGAGGAAUUUUUCAAACAAUAUACCCAAUAUGUUCAAGUUGGGCAGUCAUCUGGACGAUCGGCAUCGUCGCCCAAAAGCCCAUCCCCAUUUUCUCCGGGAGAACUGCAGACAUUUCUAAAAGAUGUGUAUCCACACUUUAAGCCGCUUCUGGAGCGCAAUGGCCGCAUAAUGACAAAUGAUUAUGCCUAUGUCUACACACUUCUCAUGCACUACGCUUGCGUUCAGUGCCCGAGCGAAUAUUUUCAUAAUAUUUGCAGGACUCUGCCAGACCUUACACAGCAGUACAUAGCGGCAUUUUUCACUCAGGCUAUGAUAAACCCAGAUAUGAAUCGCUCUCACUUGCGCGAGACCAUUGCUGGUAUCACCGAAAUAGUUGAGAGUGCAGACUCGUCUCCGACCCAGCCGCAGUUGCGUGGCCUCACAUUCCUAACUGUUGGCGCCACAUUCGACAAUAAUGGCGAUCCAAAAGCCUCUGAGCUCGAUGGCAAAGAUUCGGCCUCAAUCGACAACGAUUCGACUGUGGGCACGAAUUUUGCCACUCCCAAUCCAGUGCAACGUGAGCUGAGCAGCUUACUAGAUGUCAGCCUAAAUUACGCUCCGUCGACACCAAAAACAGUGCUGCUCGAGCAGCGCACACGCGAGGUUUUAGGAUUGCGGGCUCAACUGGAGACCGAGCGCUAUGAAAAGACUGUUUUAGAGGACCAAAUUUUGGAGAAUGAGCAACUAAUCAAUUCACUUAGUAAGGAGAAUACUGUAAAAAAGCAGCAAUUGGCCAAGCUUGAGGCCUCGCUGGAAUAUGACAGCGAAGAGCGUACAUACAUACAUAACAUUGUACCCGACGAAAUUGAGAAUUUAAAACGACAGCUGCUCAAAGAGAUUAACAAGAAGGAGGCUUUUCUUGCACAGAGCAGAGAUGAAGUACAAGUGCUGAGGGAUAAUUAUAACAUAUUAGCGGAGAGGCACAAAUCCUGUGAAGAACAGCUUUACGAUUGUCUUGAUAAGGUUGAAAAUCUGGAGCUCCGACUGGCUGCUGCUACUCAGUCGUUGACGACCAAGGAUGCUGAAAUCUCUAUUCUGUUGCGUGACAAACUGGAGGUGGAGCGAUGCCUGCAGGAGGCUCGCACCGAGUUGCAUAAUGGCCGUGAGGUUCUCAACGCUUCGUCGGAUUUGCUCGAUACAAGUCAAUCGACGGCUAGUAUGAAUACCACACCGGAAACUUUAGCUAGUUCCGUCAUUGACAAGCAAUUGCGCGAGAAAGAGCUCGAAAACGAUGAUCUGCGCGAUCAACUGGACGCCAUUGCACGAGAAAAGAAGAGCAUUCUACAUGAAUUGUUAAUGAUCGUACAGCCUUAUCAACCAGAAAUAAGUUUGUCGCCUGAUUACUCACAGAUAUUGGGCCUGGUAGAGCGUAGCUUUGAAGAUAUGGCCGACCGCUACAAGAGAGAGCAGAAACUUGUGAAGGAACUGCAGGCUGAGAUAAACGAGUCCAGAUCGCAAAACAAACUGGAUGAAGAGGGUACAGCCAACAAGGUGGAGGAGGCCUUGAAACCGAGUCAGUUUGCUCCACCAGUAGAUGUUGUGCAGUGUGACAUUGCCGUUCAGACAAUCAAAGAAGAGAGUCGGUUAACUCCUUCAGGAGAAGUUGCACAGUGUGACAUUGCCGUCCAGACAAUUAAAGAAGAGAGUCAGUUAACUCCUCCAGUAGAUGUUGAGCAGUGUGACAUUGCCGUCCAGACGAUUCCAGAACCGUCCAAAGAACAGCUUCACAUAAAGGAUGCUAAAAUAACGAAAAUCGGUAGCGAAUUAAUUAAGAUUUGUGGUAUAAAUCGUAUGUUAUUACAAAAUCGCUUCAUUACAGAAAAUCAAGACCCAUCGGUUCGUACUCAAGAACUACAAGAUCUUGAAAUGCGUAUUUUGUCUAAGGCAGAAAUAAUUGCUGAUCAGGAGAAGCAGAUAUUUAUUAACCAGAAGCAUAUAAACGAUUACCAACAACAGCUAAAUGAGACAAACGGGCAGCUUCAGGCGGCAGAUCUGAAGUUGAAGGGUAUUCAACAGCAGCUUGACGAAUAUCAACAGAAGCUUAAAGAUACUAAGGAGGCGCUUAAUCAUGUUCAGGAAGAAAAAAUUGCUGCUGAGCAGAAAGUGGGGCAGAAGCUAGUGGGGCAUGCCAGCGACUACCAGCAGCAAAUUGAUAGCUACCAGCAGCAGCUAAUUGAAUAUCAGCAGAAGCUUAACGAAACUCAGAAGCAGCUGAAUAAUAGUCAGCAGGAGCUGAAAGAAACUGAGAAGCAGCUGAAUGGUAGUAAGGAACAGCUACAGGCUACUAAUCAACAGCUAAACGGAACUCUAAAGCAGUUGAGUAGCUAUCAACAUCAGCUGACUGAUUACCAGAAGCGGUUAGCCGGAACUCAGAAGCUGCUGGAUGAUCAUGAGAGUAUUCAGCAUCCAAUUGAUAGUGAGCAGGUGGUAAACGAGGCUCAGCAGGAACUAAGCAAUAAGCAAAAGCAGCUGCAGAGCUUCAUCCAAACAAUAUGCGCUCGAUUUAACCUAGAGGCAGCCUCGGAAAAUGGCCUGGAAGAAGUCGAGAAGACUUUGAUAGAUUGGGUAGAGCAAAUGGAGAACCAGCUGAAGCAAAAGGAAUCCGAGAUAUUGCAGCAAUCUGAAGAUCUCGCGGAUGUAAGCACCCUCACUGAUUGCAUCUUGGACAGUAUGAAUCCGUAUUUGAGGCCAGCUAUUGAGGAUGUUAACACAGAAGCGUUGCCCUUGAAGCUAAAAUUCUUGCACAAUCAACUUAAGCAACUUGUGAUGAAUUAUGAACGAGCGAACGAAAAAUGUAAGGCUCUAGAACGCAAGGUAGAGCAGUCCGUAGAAGUCAGGAGACAGGAACAACAAACAAUGGAAAGGCAGCACAACGACGUUAUUCUGAGGCUGACAGGCAAACUAGGUCAAUUAGAAAUGCAAUGUGAUAAAGUAUCAAAAGAGCUGACUCUGAAAAAGCUAGAAUGCGAAAAUAUUGGUGAAGAGCUGCGAAUCCAAAAGGAUUUAAAUCUGGCUCAUAGGAAUGACGUUAGCAAAACAAAUGGGGACUCAAAGGACAGCGUCGAGCACAAGUUCCAGAUUGACCGAAACAUUAAUAUUAAAACUGAAGAAGCAACGGUACAAAAUGGUAAUCAUAUUGAGACCGAGUCUGUGGAGUUGGCUGCAAUUAAAGAGGGACUGACGGCUGCCAAUCAAAUGCAAGUAAAAUUGGAACAGGAGCUCAGGGAGAAAACUUCGAUCAUUCAGAUGGGAGAAUCUACAAUUCAGCGGCUUCAAAAAGAGAUUAUGGCCAAAACUAAGCAGUUUGGGGAGCAAAAAGACGAGUUGGAACGGAAACUUGCGGAGCAAACUAAACUCUUUCAGACAAGCGAGUCUACGAUCGAAACGCUUCAAAAAGAGCUCAUGGAAAAAUCUCAGCAGUUCGAGAAAUCAAAAAGCGAGUUGGAACAGGAGCUUAGGGAGAAAACGAAGCUAAUUGAAAUGGGCGAGUCUACGAUCGAAGCGCUUCAAAAAGAGAUAAUGGUAAAAUCUCAGCAGUUUGAGAAAUCAAGAAACGAAUUGGAACUGGAGCUUGCGGAAAAAUCGAAGAUAGUUCAGAUGGGCGAGUCUACGAUCGAGACGCUUCAAAAAGAGAUCAUGAAAAAAUCUCAGCAGUUUGAGAAAUCAAGAAACGAAUUGGAUCUGGAGCUUGCGGAAAAAUCGAAGAUAGUUCAGAUAGGCGAGGCUACGAUCGAAACGCUUCAAAAAGAGAUCAAGGAAAAAACUGAGCUGUUUGAGAAAUCAAGAAGCGAGUUGGAACGGGUGCUUGCGGAGAAAACGGAGGUCCUUCAAUUGAACGAGUCCACGAUUCAAGCACUUCAAAAAGAGCUCGUAGCUAAAUCCGAGAACUUGGAGAAGAUAAAUAGUGAGUUGCAACGGGAGCUUGCGGAGAAAACGCGGCUCCUUCAUAUGGGCGAGGCAACGAUCAAGACACUUCAAAAAGAGAUCAUGGCCAAAUCUGUGCAGUUGGAGAAGACAAAGGGCGAACUUGAAGAGUCAGAGCAAAAACUGAAGUCUGCUCAGCAAAAGUUGGAGCUGGCUUUGCAGAAGGUGUUGGAAAAAGAUUUAGUCGCAACAGAGGUUCAUGAUUUAGAGGACUUAUUAAAGAGCGAACAGCAUAAGAAUUUGAGCCUGGAACAGGAGAAAAUACAGCAGAUAGAGCAGAAGCGCAUCAUCGAAAAGCAGCUGGCAGAUGUUCAGUGCCUGAUCUGUAAGAGAGAGGACGAAUUGGAGAAGACCAAAACACAGUUGGAGGCGAGCACCAAACGAUUGGAGAAAAUUUCCAUUAAACUGGGCGAACAGCAAGCGAUAUUAUCUAAAACGCAACGGGAAAUGGCUCAGUCCAAGGCAAGGCAGACCGAACAGGCAGAGCUAAUCAUUGCACUACAAAACGAAAAGGAGAGUCUCCAGAUGGAGUUGCGCAAGACAAAGGAGCGUGCGAGCCGUUCGGAGGAGAAGCAGGCCACCUUGGAGCAGCUACGCAUUGAGGCAGAGUCAGAACGCGAUGCACACCGUGAUCAACUACUGAGGUUUGAGAGAGAGUCGAAGAAAGCUCACUGCAUUAUUCGCGAUCUGGAGCAUCAGGCCAAAGCGACAGAGAAUGAGAAGGUGAAACUGGUCCAUGAAAUUGGUGGGCUCAAUUCUGAAAUUGUGCAGCAGAAGAAACAGCUAUCAGAGCUGAAGGACCAGCUGCAGCAGUCCAAAGAUGCAAUGCGUGACCUAAUUAUAGCCAAUGAAAAUAAUGCCGCUGCCAGUGCUGAGCAGUUGGAUCAAGACCGUUCAAGUCUGCAGCAGCUGAAGUCAGAACUGUCGACUGCUCGCCAGGAACUGGAGGCAGUGAAGCAGCAGCACGAGUCCCUAACGUCUGAGCUAAAAGAUAAGUUGACUGAACUUGAGGCGGAGCGCAGCAAGAGCAAGGAAUGCGAGCUAAUUUUUAAGCGUAAGCAGAGUGUUCUGAGUAAGGAACUGGAAAAGUGCAAUGCUGAACUUGCUGAGACCCGCAGCGCCCAUGAUGAGCUCAUAAAGGCAACUGAGAUGCAGACUAUGGAGCGCUUCAACGAGUUACAGGAAACACAGCUACAAUUAAAACAGCAGCGAGACACCCUUAUUCAGCGCGACCUCGAUUGUCAGAUAUUGCAGGCAAAGUAUCGUGAAACCAAGGAAGAGAUGUCUCGCUGUGAGCAAAGGUUGAAGGAUCACCGUCUAGAAAUGGAAGGCAAACUUGAAAAAAUGAAGUCCAAAAUGCGCACACUGUACACGGCGGAGGUGAGCCGCAUCAAGGAGAAACAGGAGCGCGAGGCGGCUAACCACAAGGCUGAACUGGAAAAGCUGAAUGCUCAGGUCGCCAAGUAUGAGGAGCAUACGCGGAAGUUAUCUGAUCAGAUAAUGCGGCUGAAUGAGAAGCUUUUGGAGGAGCAAAAGAAACAUGCGAUUGUCAGUACGCAGCUGCGGCACCUGCAGGAGGCGGAGCAGCCGGCAAUGUCAUCUCUGCCCGCUGUAGAGGACUGGCAGCCGUUCAAGCGGCCAAGUGCACCGUCCGCCAAUCUGGGCAGCAAUCUGGCCAUGGAAGACGAAGAGGGCGAGGUCUUCAAUAACACCUACCUGACGGAUCUUAAGCUGGGCACCGUGCCCAAUAUGACUGCCGAAGAGCUGCAGUAUCGGAACUCGCUGCAGCCGCCGCAUUUGAAGAGCGCCUAUGCGGCGCAGUAUGACCUGGGCGCCCAGGAGGACGAUAUUAAAGAUGGGCCGCACAGCCUGGACGACAGCAUGAGUGCGCUGCUGAGCACCACAGAUGGCAACGGUGUUGGUAUGCGCAAGAAGUCCAUGGGCACCCACUAUAAGCGUCCGGGUCCGCCAACGCCCAGCAAAAAUGGUGGACGUCUGUCGUUUGGCGGCUCGGAGCCGCCGCGGGAAAUACUGCGUGAGACUUGUGACAAUAAUGGUACGGCCAAGACACCGGCUCGCUUUAAGAUCUUUGCAUCUCGCUUCAGCAUUGGCAACGGCGGCGGCGGCGGGGGAGGACAAUGUCUGCCACGGGACGAGAGGCGGCGUCACCGUAAAGAGAGCCUGUUAAAGGGCAUUAUGCAUCGCCGUACAUUGCAAACAGCGUUUUGUACAUCGACGCCGCGCAGCAGCCGCUCCUUCUAUGAUCAGCGGCAGCAGCUAAUUGUCCACGGUGAUGGGCCACCCGAUGGCCAGCAGCCGCUAAAGCAAGAGCAGGAAGUGACACCGCACUUGAACGAUGCUCUGCCCUUGGCGUCGUCUAACGAUCAGAACGGUAGGCCGAGCAUCUGUCGCCGUCGCUUAAUAACAACCAGCUCGAGCAGUAGUCUAACAUCCGCUACCCAAAGUGUCUCAAGUGGACGCCGACGUAAAUCCAUUUCACGCAAAUCCAUUCACUUGUACGGCAAUAGGGGCAGAUCCCGUGCUAGAUUGUCCUCGACGGCGCAGAUGAGUCACAAGCGCAUGCAGCAGCGAAGCAAGAUUAAGGAUCAACGCAUUGGAUGUUUCGAUAGAGGCAGGCAGCUGCUCGAUACUGACGAUGAUCCGACAGCAGAACCAGAAGAAGUUGAAGAUGAAGAAGAAGAUAGCAAAGAAUCCUUGAAGCUUGCCAAUGGAACGUAUGCCCUACCCAAGCCGAAUGAGAACAACAAUUACUGCGUGCUCAACCGCAAUAAUGGCCCGCUGAUGGCCAUGGGUGCCACGGUGCUGUUGGAUAAGAAGUCCUGGAAUUGCCUGGACAUCAAGGCGGAAUCCGAGCUGGAGCACAGCAGCGAUUCAGAGGCGGCCACUUUUAGUGUGGAUCGGGCGGCUGUGAAUAACUCGCAUUCCCAUUGGGAUGACGAGGAGCAGCCAGCUUUGUUGAAGGCGCUGGUCGCCAAAUACGAAUGCGACCGCGACUCCAACUUGGCUGCGCUACAGCAAUUCGAGGAGGAUCACGUUUGCGCCUGGUUGAGUGACGGCGCUAGCACUAGCAUCGCCGCCGUUAACAAUCUCAGCUACGAUAUCCAUUUCGAGGAGCUGUGCCGCCAGACAGCCUCGACGGCGCCCUUUGAACUGCAGCCGCUGCAAUAUAGCUAUGAAUUAGUAGAGACUGUGCCGCAGAGGCAGGCGCACAGCGCGUCCAACGCCACGGAGAACACCUCGAACGCCAGCUGCAAUACCAACUGUUCGUCACUGCAAUCGUGGACGACCUACUCGCUGAGCCACAUUCGAACGCAUCGCUUGCCGCAUAUAAACGUGACCACCAUGAACCGGCUGAGCGAAUCGAGACACUUACCCCAUCGCAGGCGUGGCAAUAUAUUGCUGAAUCUCUGGCAACGCCGGCGGCAUCGAAUUGGCCUCAUCAAAUCCCUCAGUCUCGGCAUUGUCUUGUUCCUAUUUCUAAUGCCGUUCUGUAGCUAUCUGACGGCCACAGCUGCCGUGGGCUUGAUGCUGUUGCUUCUCUAGCACAGUGAGGAUGUGGCAGGCAGCAGGCAGCAGGCGGCACACAACAGGCGAUUUUAUAAUCAAUAAUCAAGAUUGCAAUCGAAAUUUGUUUAAUAUGAGAAACUUCCGUUGUUCCUUUGCAGAACUCGCCACCGAAGCGACGGCUCAGCAACAUGUUCAAACGCAAAUAGAUGUGUUUAACUGCAAUAUACCAUAUAGAUA